UAUCAUGGCAAGCAAAUGCAAACCACAAGGAAAAAAUUAAUUAAUACUUUGAUCUAAGUUCAUUUGUUGAGAAAACUGAUGGCCAACUCUGGUGAGAAAAUGCCUGUGACCGACGAGCAAGCUCCAGAGAACCCGAAGGUGAUCGAGGAAGCAAAGCUGACUGAGAAGGGUGAGGUUGAAAAGGAGAGUGAUAAGGAUGUAAAAGGUGAAAAUGAGAAGAAAACAAAUCCAGAGGAGGUGAAUGAGGACCAGGCAAGUAAGGCAGAAGGAGAUAAAGAUGAUGAAGAAAAACUCGAAUGCAAAAGCACAAGCUCGAAAAGUGACUCCGAUAGCAAAAGUGAAGACAGUAAAAGUUCCGAUGAUAGUAAGAGUGCUGAUAGUAAGAGUGACGAUAGCAAAAGCAGUGAUGAUAGUAAGAGUGAUGAUAGCAAAAGUGCAAAUGAAUCGAAAUCUCUGAAGACAGAAAAGAAGAAGAAAAGGAUUACAAAGAAGAAACUGAAGAAGACAAGUAAGGCUGAGGGUGCAAAAAAGAAGGAAAUAGCUUCGGAGGCAACAAGCAAGGACCAAACAAGUGCAAUGGAAGGAGAUAACAUUAAUGAAGAAAAAGACGAUGAAGAGAAACUUGAAUGCAAAAGCAAUAGCUCGAAAAGCGACUCGGAUAGCAAGAGUGGCGAUAGUGGCAGUGGGGAUGAUAGCAAAAGUGAAAGUGAAGCAAAGUCCCCAAAGAAAGCCAGUGAAGAUAAUGAGGGAGAUAAAAAGAAAAAGAAGAAGGUGUUGAAGAAGAAGCUGAAGGAGAAGGUAAACAAGGAGAGUGAAGAGAAGGAGAAUGAACCUAAAGAUCAAACUGUGAAACAAGAGGGAGGUGAACCAAGUGAUACAAAAGAGAAGAAAAGCAUACUUGAGAAGAUCAUGGGGAAAUUGCCUGGUUAUAAUUAGAGAGAUCACAGUUCUCUCUCUAUUUAUAUAUAUAUAUAUAUAUAUACAUACAUGAUUAUCUAAGUUUGAUGGUAAAUAAGUUGAGAAUUCACUGCAACAGCACACCUGUUCAUUGUGGUGUGCCGUCUGUUUCAGUGAUUCUUGUUGUAUGGCUCUGCAAUUUGCUUUGUUGUUUGUUUGCUUUCAAAUAUUAAUAAAGAAGUUUUACUUAA